CACAAAAUUCACGAACUCCAGCAUUUUAGCACCAAAAAAAAAAAAGAGAAAGAAUUACAGAUCCCCGCAUAUAAUUUCAGCUCAAAAAAACGAAAGAAUCAUAAUUCUGAAUAAAAAAUUGAUGACGUGGCCGAAUUAUAAUUGACCACGUGUUAAAAAUAGUUUUGCAAAAUCACUAUUAAAAUAUAAUGACAUAAAUGAGUCUUUUUCUUCAACCAUAAUGAUAUAGAUGUGCCAAAUUUUUAACUAACGACAUAAAUAAACAUUUUCGUAUCAAGCUUUGGUUGCUCUACAAUCACACCAUUGAAAAUGAAAAUGGCCGUCGUCGAAAGUUCAAUUUGAUUAGAAUUUGGAUUACAAUAAUGGAAAGCUGGUUUAUCAUUGUUGUUGUUACUCUGUGUAUCGCUUUUUUGUUGAAAUUUCUAUUUAAUAAUACUUUUUCCCGUUCCAGGAAGAAACUCCCGCCAGGACCCUACAGUUUCCCGGUGAUCGGUAGUUUAGUAUGGGCAAGAAGGACGUUCGCCGACUUGGAACCCAUCCUCCGUGACCUUAAGGCUAAGUAUGGUCCUCUGUUCACCAUCAAUAUCGGGUCUCGUCCCAACAUAUACGUAUCUAGCCACUCCUUAGCCUACCAAGCUUUAAUCCAGCAAGGUGCUGUUUUCUCCGACCGACGAAAGGCUCUACCCACCCAUGCUAUCCUCAGUAGUAACCAGCGUAGCAUCAGCUCCGCCCCUUAUGGCCCUAUAUGGCGUCUCCUCCGUCGAAACUUGACUUCAGAAAUGCUCAAUCCUUCUCGUAUCAAGUCAUAUUCCAAGGCCAGAUCCCGGGUGUUGGGUAUCCUCAUUCAACAGCUCCGUAACGCCCAAGUUGAUUCUGUGAAGUUAAUUGAUCAUUUUCAGUAUGCUAUGUUCUGUCUACUUGUAUUUAUGUGUUUUGGGGAUAAGCUUGAGGAAUCUCAAAUCAAAGAUAUACAAAAUAUACAGCGUAAGUAUAUCGUGAAUUACCGACGAUUCUAUAUGCUCAAUUUCGUUUCUGGAUUUGGGAAAAUAAUAUUUAGGAAUCGCUGGAAGGAACUCGUUGAACUACGACGAGAGCAAGAGAGUAUCAUCAUUCCUUUGAUUGAAGCACGACGCAGGAACAAAGAACAAAAUACUGAGCAAAGUGAUGAAUUUGUGGUGGCUUAUGUGGAUACCCUGUUGAAUUUGGAGUUGCCGGAGGAGAACAGGAACCUCAAUGUUGGAGAAACCGUAACCCUCUGCCGUGAACUCCUAAGCUCCGGAACUGAUACGACGUCCACUGCCUUACAGUGGAUUAUGGCCAACUUGGUCAAAAACCCUAUCAUUCAGGAGAAAUUAUAUCGUGAAAUUGCGAGUGUAGUGGGAGAAAAUCAGGGAAAGUUGAGUACAGAUGAAGUGGUGGUGAAGGAGGAUGAUUUCCAGAAAAUGCCCUACUUGAAAGCAGUUAUAUUGGAAGGUCUUAGGCGACACCCACCUAGUCACGUUCUGUUCCCACACACAGUGACGGAGGAAGUAGAACUAAACGGCUACAUCGUUCCAAAGAAUGCCACCAUCAAUUUCAUGGUUGCUGACAUGGGUUUGGAUCCAAAUGUAUGGGAGGAUCCGAUGGAGUUUAGGCCAGAGAGGUUCUUAGUGGAAGGAUCGGAUAAAUUAGCUGAUUUUGAUAUAACAGGAAGUAAAGAGAUCAAGAUGAUGCCAUUCGGUGCAGGUAGAAGAAUGUGUCCUGCCUACGCGUUGGCUAUGCUUCACUUGGAAUACUUUGUGGCUAAUUUGGUUUGGCAGUUUCAAUGGGAUCCUGUCGAAGGAGACGAUGUUGAUCUAUCGGAGAAGCUAGAAUUCACCAGUGUGAUGAAAAAUCCAUUACGAGCUCGUAUUUGCGCCAGAGUUAACUCUGUUUGAAUUUGGUAAUUGCUUCAUUUUAUUUGCCUACUUCUCUGUUAAUGGACUUCCUUCCCACAGGAAGUUAAUAAGGAAAAUGAUGGAUAAUGCUUUGUUGCAAUAUAAUAAGCUUGUUUGAAUAGCAUAAUACAUAUAUUAUAUCCUAAAUUUGGGUUCAAAUUUUAACUUUGACCUCCAACUUUCAUAAUGCACAAACAGUCACUUCAACUAUCCAACUUUUAAAUAAAUAAACACAUAAGUCCUACAUGACACAAUACACGUAGAACACCACAUAGGACAAAAAAUGACACGUAGGAUGACAUGCAGGACAUUUGUGUUUAUUUAUUCAACUUUAUACAACUUCAACUGUCUAUUUGUGCACACCCAAAUUUGAAGGGUACAAAUGUAAUUUAAAGCUAACUUAAAAGGCAAAUUUAUAUAUUAUGCCUGUUUGAAUUGUUUUUACGUAUGAAAUUUGUUCAUUAUUGUUAAAUCUAUUGAUGCGGUGAAUUUCGUUGUUGUUACGUAUGAAAUUUGUUCAUUAUUGUUAAAUCUAUUAAUGCAAUGAGUUUCAUUUUAUGUAAUUAUUAAUUUGUGUAAAUUAUUAGUGACCAUUAAACUUUAUCUCAUCUUUGGGUAUACACAAGUAGACACUUAAAUUUGUAUAGAGUUAUACAAAUAGACACACAUGUCCUAUAUGUCAUCCUACAUGUCAUUUUUUGUCCUACGUGAUGUCCUAUGUGUAUGUGUCAUGUAGGACUCAUAUAUUUAUUUAUUUAAAAGUUAAACCGUUAAAGUGUCUGUUUAUGAAUUAUAAAAGUUGAAGGUCAAAGUUAAAAAUUUGAAACUAAGUUUAGAAUCCAAUAUAUGUCUUAUGUUUAAUAAUAUCAUAGAUUUAUGUUUCAGAUCAUUUUUAUAUAAUGAUAAAAGAUAAUCUAAUUUAUUCAAACAUUAUGAACAAUAGAGCUCAUUAUAUUACAAUAUAUAUAUAUAUAUAUAUAUAUAUAUAUAGUAUAUAUAUUAUGAAACAAUAUAUAACAACCGUCCACUCAAAAUUUUUAGAUAGUCAUUAGUAUCAAGUUGACCGAUGGCCAUAUUAACUACUAUUUAAUUCGGUUUUAGCCAUUUUGAAUCUUUUUAUUUAACUCUUACGGAUCUGUACUCACAUUCUUGGAUUGGAGUGCCUCCCAUUCAAUCUACCUCUUAGUUGUCAAAUCUUCCUGGCAUUAUUAUGGAACCAUAGUAAACGUAAAAUGGAAAAAACUCAAAUUAAUAAUGUUAUGAGUUAGAAUUUGGUGUAUUCUAAAGAUGUGAAUAGGAAAUGAAGGGUUGUAAUUCUUUUAAAAGGUUGUGACUUUAUAGAAAGACUGUAACUUUAAUGAAAAGUUGUGUCUUUUCUAAAGGAUC